CAAAACUCGGAUUAGAGAAAUGAACAUACUUAUAUAAAACAUAAAUAACGGUGGAAGAGACACAACACAAAGAUGAGUAGCUCUGGUCCUCAGCUUCACAAUGUGUUCGUCUAUGGUGGCUUUCAGGAGCCAGACGUCUUCAAUAUCUUGCUUGACCGUACUCCUGAGAUAGUCUCCGCAACACUCCCUGGCUUUCAGAGGUUUCGGCUUAAAGGACGUUUGUAUCCAUGUAUUGUUCCCUCUGAGAAAGGAGAAGUUCAUGGGAAGAUACUAAUGGGAUUAACAAGUGAUGAACUUGAGAAUUUAGAUGCGGUUGAGGGCAGUGAGUAUGAGAGAGUGACAGUUGGAGUUGUACGAAAUGACAAUUCGGAGAAGUUGCCAGUGAAGACAUAUAUGUGGAUCAACAAGGAUGAUCAUGAUAUGUGUGGAGAAUGGGAUUUCGAGGAAUGGAAACGAUUACACAUGAAUAAAUUCAUAGAGUCGUUUAAGAAAAUCAUGGAAUGGAAGAAGAAUCCUAAUGGAAAAGGAAGAGAUGAUUUCAGCCAUGUCCUACGGGAAGAUCUAUCGGAUGAGAGUACUCCAUCGUCUUGAUCGGAUGGAUUUGUGUGUUCAUGAGUAUGUUAUAUAUAUAGCACCUUUGUUUCUAAAUCUAGAUUUAAAUAAAACAUAGAGAGUAUUGUAAAGGGUCAACGAAAAGAACAGUAAUGUCAUGUGUUAUUUGUAAGAUUUGAUAUAUCAUGUGGAUUGUAUUAUCGUAUUCAUGAGUCUCUAAAUUAUGUACUUAAAUCCUUAAAAAGGUUCCACUUC